AUGGAUCGCCCGCAGACAGCUCCGGCAAAAAAGACUUCAGCCAUCGCCAGCGGCCCCACAGUCGAGUCCACGGACUUUUCUGGCAAUUCUGACAGCUUGGAACAGUGCCUCGCAGAGGUUCCGAAGGAGCAGCCUGAUGAGCUUUGGCCAACACCACUAUGGCCGGGACACUUCUGCAAGAGGUCCCUGCUUCAGCUCCGGGACUCGAGCGGCCUGGCCACGCAGCAGCCCCCCUACUGCUUUGCGGUCCGCUACGACAUCAGGCCGCUGGUGAAGCAGCUCAGCGAGAAGUCUGCCUACUUGAUGUUGCUGGAUGGCGAGAAGCUACGGCGAAUCGGCCGCGGUUCUGGCGUGGACAUCAUCGCUGCGUCCAAGUCCUGGGUCGCGUGGGGGGCGUUGUGUGCGCAGCCACUUCUGCUUACUCGUGAUGCCCAGGGCAAGCUCGUCGGGGAAGCACAGGUGCAACCCGAGCUGGAUUGCCACGCGAACGGCGAGGGGGUAUUGCUCAUGACAGUGGUGCUGACCUCCGACAUCAAGAACCGACAGCUCUGGCAGACUGCCGGUGAUCUCAUGAGCUACCGCCUGGGCAGCCCACAGGUGCUCUGUGGUUUGUGCAGCAUGGCAGUGCCCAUGCGUGAGCUCAGCGCCCAUCAGAGCCACCAGUGCCGAAUGGUGCUCUCGGCCUGUCCUCGCUGCCACAAGGAGGUACCGAUUCGUGAGCUGGCGGCGCAUCAGGUCGGUCCAGAUUGCCUCGGCACCUCCAGCAUGGGAACACAGACGCUGGAGAAGAAGGUGCAGGAUGCUCCGUCCCAGUGCAGUGCGCCUGUGCUUCUACCUGCAGGUGUGCAGACUGGCUAUGCACUCUAUGCGCCAGAGAACCUUCGCUCCGAGGAGCCGGUGCCAGCCUUGGUUCCUUCGGCUGCGGUGCGUUGGACGCGGCCGGCGCCGGAGGCCCGGCCCCGGGAGUACCAGCUCUCCAUCUUCGAGUUCCGUGGGGGCGAUGCGGAGGGGCAGUGGUCGAGGCUUCGAGUGGAGCUUUUGGAGAUGUGGAGCUUGGAGAAGCAAGGAUUGCGAGGGGAGUUACGGCACGAGCUGACGCAUCUGCGCCCUGGCACGAAGUACCGCCUCGAGCUUCAGCCACGUGCCCCGGAUUCAAGCCUGGGCCCAGCGGCCGCGGUGGUGCUGACCACCCUCAGCCGCCUAGCAGGCUUUGAAGGCUUCUCCGCAGAGGACAAGGCCACCCUCGAAGCGGUUCCGCAGCCCCUCAGGGCGGGUCGCCCAGAGUCCAUCAGCCUCCGGGAGCAAUCCACACAGGCGGGUCUGGGCUUCGUCCAAGGAGCCUGCAAGAGCGAGAUUUGCAGAGAAAUCGGAGUGCAAGCAUUCCCGACCGUGCUGGAGGAGGCCGCCUGCCAAGUGGAUCCGAUUAUUCCGGUCACACAGGAGAUUGCGUGCGGUGAGGAGUGGGCCUCCUACACCAACACCGGCACACAAUGCAAGGCUCCGACGGCAGAGACUUCGGUGCAAAGUGCGUUGCAGGUGGGACACAGCUCUUGCCAGGCGCAGUUUCCUCCUCGGCCCAUCACCGGGGACCGGAUGGCCGAGUUGGAGAUGGACAUGCAGGCGGCACUUCCUGGGACUCGCGCCGUGCUGCACCAGGUGGGGACCGCCGAGUUGAUGCGACUCUGCUUGGCCGUCCUGGCCAACCUUCUGGCGCUGGCAAGCAUUCUGCUGGCGGAGAUCUCGCUGGAGGAGCUGUGGCCCAUGCUUUCUGUUCUCCUCCUGGUGAUUCCCCUCAACGGCUUGGAAUUUGCAUUCUUCGAGGAGCUCGCUGCUGCCAUUGCCUGUGAAUCCGUUUCUGCAGUGCAGGUGCUCACUGCGUUUCGUCGCCGUGCAGAAGUGAUUCACAGUGCCUGCAACUGUGUGCUGUGCUUCGUGGAAGAGUCGUGGCAGAGGGCGGAAGAAGCCGACAAAUUCCUGCGGGAGACGGGGAACCUUCUUGGGCCCCUGCAUGGUGUGCCCUGCUCCAUCAAGGACCACGUGGCACUGAAGGGUCACCCGGUCACUAUGGGCCUGCGUUCACUCCGGGAGCACCAGGAGAAGAAGCCGAUCGGCCGCUCCAGCACGCUGGCGAACGCGCUGCGCAGCGCCGGUGCUGUGAUCUUCUGCAAGACCACCAUGACGCAGCUGGGCGAAACAUGGGGCGGCGGCAGUCCUGCACACGGGGACACCCUGAAUCCUUGGGACACAUUGCGCACUUCCGGUGGCAGUUCCUGCGGCGAGGGCGCUUUGUUGGGUGCUGGUGGCUCACCUUUUGGCAUCGGCUCGGACGUGGGCGGCAGCGUUCGGAUUCCUGCCUCGUUUUGCGGUAUCUGCGCGCUGAAGCCUACGGCCUUCCGUAUGACUUUCAACUGGGAGACGGGGCAGACGAUCCUCGGACAUGCAGGAGACUACGGGGUCCCUGCAACACCUGGGCCCAUGGCACGGUAUGUGGAAGAUUUGAUCGAGGUCUGUGCAGCAGUCUGGGACACGCCGUAUUACGACUCAGACAUACGUAUUCCACCUUUGCCGUUUCGCAGAGAGGCGACAGAGGUCAAAAGACCGCUGCGCAUCGGCUGGUAUACCCACGGCUACGUGUACCCAGAACCUUGCAGGUCAGUCGUGCGCGCUGUGGAGGAAGCAAGAGACGCAUUGGCCGCAGCCGGUCACACCCUCCUUCACGUGCAGCCCUGGGAGGCUUGCCCUCUGGCUGACAUCAUCGGCUGCGACAUUGCAUUGGAAAGGUUGACGGACACUGAUGGCGGGCUGGUGGUUGGAGCAGUGCCGCUAUCUUCUGGCAGCAACGACUCGCACCCUGACCAUUGGACGCACCCCGCAUGCCAGGCGCUGGUCCCCAAGCCGGGAACGAAGUCAACGGUGCACACGAGAAUGCCUGCGACUAGUACGCCCAAGCGCUACCAGGCAGCCAUGGCCACCCGUGAUCGGCUGCGGGACAAGUUCGCAAGCUUUUGGAAAGCAAACGAACUUGACCUUGUUCUGUGCCCUGUAUUUCCUUUCCCGCCACCUCCAGUGGAAGAGGUAAGGAAGGGAAGUGGUCGGUAUAUUCACACGCGGAUCUACAACUUCCUGGACUACGCUGCCGGAGUGGUGCCUGCAACGCAUGUGACUGAGGAGGACCUGGUGCGGGGAUACGAUCCCAAGACGGAUGACGUACCUUUGGCCGAGAUGGCCACUCGAGCUGUGGAAGGCUCCCUCGGCUUGCCCGUGGCAGUGCAACUGGUCGCCCCACCAUGGCGGGAGGAGCUUUGUCUGGGUGGCAUGCUGGAGGCAAUGUUGGGUAGAGCUUGUGUCGUACGGUCGUUUCGUCACGGUGCGGCUUUUCUCACCCUAAGCCCUAAACCCUAA